GGAGCGGGCGCUCACCUGCGCUCAGGUGUUCCCAUGGAGCAGGGGGAGAGCGGGGCGGUCCCGGGACCGCAGCUGGAACCGACAGAGCCCGAACCUCAUCCCGAGCCCAAUCCCGAACCUCAUCCCGAUCCCGAACCCGAUCCCGGGGCUGAUCCCGAUCCCGAUCCCGGGGCUGAUCCCGAUCCUGGGACUGAUCCCUGUCCCGAUCCCUGUCCCGGGGCUGAUCCCGGUCCAGAUCCCGGUCCCGGGGCUGAUCCCGGGCCCGAACCCGAGUCCGGGGCGGAUUUGGAGCGGCAGCAGCGAAUCGCCGCCCGUCGGAAUCGCCUCGAUGCCCGGCGCCGGGAAGCCCUUGGGGAGAAGGUGGAGCAGCAGGAGGAGGAGGAGGAGAAGGAAGAGGAGAGGAAGAGCCUGAAGCUGAUCCAGGAGACCGGGAAGGUCCUGGCCAAGCUCCUGUUCCACGGGACGCAGCUGGUGACCAACGUCCAGGUGGAAUCCGAUCUCCGGGAAUGGCGGAGGCGGGAAAAGGAGGGCCCGGAGAAGCUGAGGAGGCUGGAAAAGCUGGAGACGGAGGCCAAGCGCGGCGCGGAAAAGUUGUCGGAGAUCAACUCCAGGUGGGGCUCGGCCGAGGAGCUGAAGGUGCCGCAGGAAUUGUGGGAAUUGCUGGAGCAGCAGCAGGAGCAGUGCCAGCAGCUCCUGGCCGAGAAGAACCGGCUGAUCCAAGAGCUCCGGCAGGAGCUGCAGGCCAGGGAUGAGCGGUACGAGCAGGCCCUGAAGGAGCAGGCGGAGGAGAUCCGUCUGCUCCUGGAGAGGAUGGAAGAGCAGACCCGGAACAUGCUCAGGACCUACCGGCACCACCUCCGGCAGAUCGAGAAAACCUUUGAGGAGGAGCGCCGGGAAAUGCUGGCCAACAACAGGAAAAGAUGGAACGAGGCCAUCCAGGCCCACAACGAGCAGGAGCUGGAAUUCCUGCGGCAGCGGAUGGAGAGGGCGCGGGAGUUUGAGCAGCAGCUGAACGAGCUGCAGGCCGAGAGCGUGGAGAGCUACGACCGCAUGAAAUCCCAGCUGGAACAGGACGUGCAGUACCUGGAGAAGAAGCUGCGUCAGAUGAAGGGAAUGUUCCACCUGAACCAGGUGAAGCUGGAAUACAACCUGGAUGUGCUCCGGCAGCUGGACCUGGAAAAUUCCACGCUCCGAUCCCUGCAGAAGCGGAAAAUCACCCGGUUCCAGACGUGCCUCAGCCUCCUGAGGGAGAGGAUGGUCCGGCAGGAGGAGAAGUUCCAGGAGGAGAAGCGGAGCCUGGAAUGGGAGCUGCAGCGGGUCACGGGGCAGUUCCAGGAGACGCGGAGCCGGAUGAGGCAGCUGUCGCAGAGCAGCGCCGAGCGGUUCCGGCAGGUUUGGAUCGUCAACGAGGAGGAGGCCAAGGCGCUGAUCCGGGAAGCGCUGGAUGCCGACCGGAUCAUCCACGUCCAGCAGCUGGGAAUUCCCUGGGAAGAGCCGCCCCUGGGAUUCCUGGAGAACGUGGGACCCCUGGGAGGCCGCCGGGAGAAGCGGGACGCCCUGCAGGUGGCCACAGAACUGCUGGAAGGGAUCAAAUCCGGGAAAAGGGAGCGGGAAGGGAGGAGGAGCAGGAAGAAAGGCGGAGAGGGGAGGAAGGAAAAGCAGGAAAACUCGGAGCAAAGGGUCACCAGCCAGCCCAACAUUCCCAGGAAAACCCUCCGGAAAAUGCUGGAGCUCCUGAGCGAGGAGUCGAUUCCCGGCUCAGGAUCCAUCCCGACGGUCUCAGCACCUCCAGGACUUCUCCAGCCCAUUCCCAGACUUUCCCACCCGUGGAUAUUCCCGGCUCUCCCUCCCUUAUCCCGCAUUUCCAGAGGGGCUCCCCCCGCUCCCAGAAAAUUCCUGACGGAAUUCCCGCUUUUCCAGACCCUCCGGAUCGAGGACGAGGAUGACCUGCGCAAACUCCUGGAUUAUUUCCUGGAUUUCGAUUCCCAGAAAGCCACCAAAAGACAGGACAUCCCGGGAGGGGAAGAUCCCACGGAUCCGGCUCAGGAGCGAGGGAAUGUCGGAUCCCAUUCCCAGAGGGAUGAGCUCCGGUCCCCCGGGAAUUCCAUCCGAGCAGACGAUAUCCUGGGAAUCCUGAAGGAAUUCCUGCGGGAUUUCGCCAAGCUGAGGGACGAAGGCCCCCCCAGGGAGAUCCAGGACGUCCGGGACAAUUCCAAGGACGGGGAAUACUGGGAAUCCCUGAGCGCCGUCAUUCCCGAGCCCACGCUCAAACUUUGGGACGCGCUGGGAGCCGCGCUCCGGGAAUACCACAAAGUGCUGACCCGGAGAUCCGAGCUCUUUUCCGAGGCCGCCGCCCUGCAGCGGCAGAACUCGGAGCUGGGAAUUCUGCUGGAGGAAUAUCUGGGAUCGGCGGGAGGCCGGUGAGAACAGCGGGAAGAAUAUUCCGGAUAUUCCGGAUGGGAACGGGGAGUGGAUUUCCCUGGAUCUGAUUCCGGCCGGGGUUAAUAAAACAUUCCCAAACCUG